UAAAACUAACCAAAGACUCUUAAACUUUUAGAGUGUCUUCCUCUUUCUUCAAUAUCAACAUGAAGGAAGAAAGCCUUAAUGCCAAUAUGAAACACUGUCACAAAUGUCUCAACAUGUCAGCAUCAUUCUUCGGUCGUGCAAACAUAAAUAUUGGAAUAAUUUGUCUUUCUUUAAUUAAGCUCACUAUUUGGCCAAAGCUGAUAGAAGUAAAUCAAACAGAUUAAAGACUAGAAAAAAACACACCCGCAACAAAUCCCAAUGCUGAGGACAGUGUUGGUGUUGUGCGCCGUCUGCGUGUGCGUGGUGAACGGGGGCUACACAUUCUUCCGCUCUAUGAAGACUAUGGGAACUCGACGGAUGUUCGGUGGGACUGAGGUAAAGGAUAAUUUCCCAGCACUAUACUAAUAUCUACCUACAUUACGCGGGUGGCCGUGUAUGGCAGUAGAGAAAUAAAAAAUGCCAAGAUGUACGCAACUGGUACAGAGGGCCGUAACGAGUCACGCCACUUGUGUCGAUUCUAUAUGCUAUAAGUAGCUCAUCUGAAAGGCAUUUCAGCUGUUGAUAUCUGCUGAUUGUCCAUUGAGAAAAAUAUGCCCGUUAUGUGCUCAGCAGUAAUUACUGAGAAAGUUUCCAUAGUUGCCAAAUUUCCCUCAUGAAACAAUUUCGGAAUCUUCUCGUAAUUUUAUCGUAAUAUUGUAAAAAAGGAUCAAAACUUUAUUUUCCCAAAUAUUGAAACUAUAUUUGUUUCUUGUAAUAUCCGUAUGUGCAUAGGUGCGCUCAUGCGCCUGACUACGCGCAUACACGCUGCUGAACUAUGCGCAGUCACCACGGUGCUCUUGCACCGUGUUGGUGGCGGGCGGCGCACUGUGCUGGCUGUAACGUUGUGUGCUGUGUGUAGGUCCGCUCAGCCUCCUGGCCGCGUGCAUGCGCGCUGCUGGACUAUGCACAGCUGUCGCACUGCUCCUGCGCCGUACUGGCGCCGCGCUGGGCGCUCACGGCCGCACACUGCGCGCGCCCCGUGAUCGUCUACGUGCAGUACAACGGGUUGGAGUUAGCUGAGUCCGAUUUGGCUAGAGUUGACAUGCUGUACCAGCACCCGGAGUACCAGGUGAUGACGAAGCCCGUCGACGACGUCAUGGACGUAGUGGUGCUCCACCACGACGUGGGCUUGGCGCGGACCCGCAGCGACAUGCGGCUGCGCGUUGGCGAACACUGGCUGCGCUCCGUGCCCACUCCUGUCGCCAGCAUCGCCAGUUAUGACGUCAGUGAGCUCAAAGGACGGGAAGUUGAUGUGCUCGGUUUCGGCACGACGGACGAGAAGCCGAUAGCGCGACACCUUCACAGAGUAAGGCUGCUGGUGCAGGACUGCGACCGCGAGGGCUGGCUGCACUGCGCGUGUGCGACGGGCGCGGAGCGCGGUGUGUGCGCGGGCGACUCGGGCGGGCCCGUGCUCUAUAACGGCACGCAGGUUCACACCACUGACUUAGGUUACCACGAACUUAUUAAAAUGGCUAACCAUUUUAAUAAGUUUGGACAGUGACUUGAGAGUAAUAGAACUGCUGAAUGCUUGUAUGAUCUACACAGUUUUUUCUAUUGUUAAAAGUAGCCAGGGCAAGUGGGGUCUUAGAGAUAAUGCGUGCGAGAGAGGUGCGUACUGUAGUAUACAAGUUAAAGACUUGUACCGUGACCGCUCUUUGCUAAAAGAAGAAAAAAGUGCGGUGCCAUACUUAUAGGUACAUUUUUGCUGAGGGAUGGAAAGAAAGGCCCAACCCAUUCCAGGCCGAGGCUUGCCGAGGUCUAGCAAAAGGUCCGAGUCAGAAAAUACCUGUUUCCACCGAGGUAUACGUUCCUUCCACGAUGUGGCGCGCACGGUGCACCCGGCAGUCCCCUCGCCCCCUCGCAGCGGACAAAAACUGAAUUUUCUCAAAAAAGUACGUCAAAGUCGACUUUGCCGGUUACAAAAUAGGUCGUGAAUUGUGUAGCUUAUGGUAGUUAUGGUCAAUCAAAUAUCUAAAGUAGGUUGGCGUAUUUCUGCAGAAAAAUCACUUCUACCUUUUAAUUAAAAAGCGGCCAAGCAUAUAUUAUCAACAGUUUUAUCUGUGAAAAUAUAUACGUAAGAAUGUUGCUUCAGUAAAAUAUGUCUGUUAUGUUUAUAUUUCUUGCACCAUUUUUGAGAAGAGCACUAUUAGGAAUCAAUAACUCAAAUUUGAACUAUCGUAAUAACGGCAUUCACACAGUGACAUUAGUACAACAUUAGGAGCUCCACCUUACAGAAAAUCGCAGCCAAAUAACACUAGACCCUACUCAUAGUGUUGUGAUCCUGCCGGUGAGUAAGGUUGCCAGAGCUCAACAAGGGGUGGGAGGGGGUUAGGGUCGGCAACGCGCAUGUAACUCCUCUGGAGUUGCAGGCGUACAUAGGCUACGGAUACUGCUUACCAUCAGGCGGGCCGUAUGCUUAUUUGCCACCGACGUAGUAUAAAGAAAAAAGCUCUGAGCUGACCAUUUGACCACAAUCACCUGAAUGGCGUAGCGUAGGAUUGGAUCACCUUGUCCUAUUCUGCUGUGCCAUCUACCAUUCUUGUCACCUCUGGUUUCUUUGAUCUGAUCACCGCUACCCUCCUAAGUUCCGUCCCCCCCACAGAUCGGCGUGACCUCCCUCGGCCCCUCAUCCUGCGGCGGGCUCACCGCUAACCCCCCGCUGUCCCGCUCCGUGUUCACCGUGCUGCAACCGUACACUGACGUCAUCAAC